AAUCCAAUAUGGCCGUUGCAUAAAAGCUUCAGACUAAACGCAUGCCUUAAACUACAAAUAUCAUUACAAAGCGUUGUUCUUCCUAGAACUUGAAGUUGGGUUCUGUAUCGCGAUGUGGCUGCCACUUCACACAGUGUGUUUAAGGGGCCAGACAGCCUGCAGAAGAAGCUUCGUUUCUGUUUUUCUGAAGCGUUCAGGACACAGAGAUGCUAACGUUUCCCACUUCAGUGGGCGCUCCUCUAAGUCAUGCCAGGCACUUGUGUACAGAACCCACGGAGACCCUUCCCGAGUCAUUCAGUUGGAAAAUAUAGAUCUGCCUCCUGUGGGUGCAAAGGAUGUCCUGGUUAAAGUGCUGGCCGCCCCAAUCAACCCCUCUGACAUAAACAUGAUUCAAGGUACUUAUGCUAUCCUGCCUGAUCUCCCAGCUAUUGGUGGUAAUGAGGGUGUGGCCCAGGUCAUAGAGGUGGGCAGCUUGGUGGAGUCUCUCAAAGCAGGAGACUGGGUCAUCCCAAGAGAUGCUGGUCUUGGUACAUGGAAGACAGAGGCAGUGUUUGGUGAGGAUGACGUCAGCUCACUACCAAAUAACAUUCCCCUGCUGUCUGCUGCCACACUGGGGGUGAAUCCCUGCACUGCCUUUAGGAUGUUGUCUGACUUUGAGGAGCUCAAACCAGGUGAUACAGUAAUUCAGAAUGCAGCCAACAGUGGCGUUGGCCAGGCUGUCAUACAGAUUGCUGCAGCAAGAGGAAUAAAAACUAUAAAUGUUAUUCGAGACAGACCACAAUUUGCAGAGCUCAGUGAGAGGCUGAAGGCCAUUGGAGCCAGUUAUGUGGUCAAAGAAGAGGACCUGAGGCGGCCUGAGAUGAAGGAACUGUUCAAGGUCUGUCAAAAGCCUAAACUUGCAUUAAAUGGAGUUGGAGGCAAGAGUGCAACAGAAUUACUCCGUCAUCUACAGUUUGGAGGGUCUUUGGUGACAUAUGGAGGUAUGUCCAAGCAGCCAGUUACUGUCCCAGUGAGUGCACUUAUUUUCAAAGAUGUGAAGGUUCGAGGUUUUUGGGUCACACGGUGGAAGAGAGAUCACUCUCAUGAUGGGAGUGCGUUUAGAGCCAUGCUGGAUGAACUGUGCGCCCUCAUCCAGCAGGGAAAGCUUACAGCUCCUGCUUGCACUGAGGUGGAGCUUCAAGACUAUCACAAAGCUUUGGAUGCAGCCAUGCAGCCUUUUACAUCCAGUAAACCGGUUUUGAUCAUGUAAACAUCUUGCUGUCAUGAACUAACCAAUGCACUUUCAUGACAACAGUGUAUGAACAGAGGUAUAACCUCUGGACUGUCAUCUAAAUACUCUGUUCCAUUAUAUAGUAAUAAAUGUGUUUUCAAAUCAA